GGGACGUGGUUUUGCAACAUGGAGCGGGAAAAUGACUUAUUUAGUGAAGCGUCUUGCGAUUGAGAAUUUUCCACAGUUUUGACGCGCCCGUCGCGCGCAGGCACUGUUAAUGGUUCUCAUGAUCAUUUACGACUGUAUGCAUGUGCAACGCAAUGUGUGAGAGGUUGUGAGUGAGUGAGAGAGAGAGUUUGUGGCGGAAAAAAAAGGUUUGAGGGAGUCAAUGCAACGUUUACUCGAUUCGUGGAGAGUGCAUCUGAAACCAAUGUUCUGAAAAGUUGCGUGCAUAUAUUGACGCGCAUCAAGUGCAUAACCAAAUGCUUUUUAAAAUUUCUUCAAAUUGACAGCGCAACAGCAUAACGAAAGAUGAAAGAUAGCCCUAUAAAACACACGUGUACGUUUAAUUAGAGCGAAUAAGGAAAACGAAUUGUGUUGUAUUUGGCGCGGAGCGCGUGGGAGGCAUUGGCAAGAACAGUCUCAAUUCCGCGCUGAGAUGUUAAGGAGCGAAUACGCGCUCGACACAGUUUUGACUGCGCUGAUGUCUCGAGUUCAGUCGACGGUGUCGCAAAGGAAUCUCUAUCCAAAAUAGACCCCAGCACCGUUAUCGACGAAUAAACCAGCGAAUUGUUGUUUUCUCCAAAAGGAUGUGAUAUUGACGGAAACCCACCAAGAGGACGCACGAGGACCUGUUCCACCAGCCCCAUUGCGGAAAGCGCUCGAGACUCAAAAAUAGAAGAGGAAAAAAUAAAGGGGGGGAAAUCCAUUUGGAUCGUUGUAUUCCGACCGUACCACUGCACGUUUUUCCCUUUCCAUUUUUGGCGAAUCGCUUUAAGGAAUGGUCACGGUAAACACAAGGGCACCGAUGGAAUUACACCGUUGAGAGCGCGGAACUUGACGGAUUUGUUUAUAAAGAGCAAGGUUAUACAAUGAAGAGUGGGGACACGGCGUAAUUCUUUACUUGGAAAUGUAUAACCAGGAUAUCAGAACACCGAACACUUAAGCUCCUGUCAAGGUGUCUCACAGAAGGUCUGAAAAUGCGCCCGGGAACGCGCCUUCUUCUCUGUGAGGAAAUCUUCGUGGAUAAAAUUCACAAAACGUCGCUCAGUUUCACAGAUGGCACAUUUCUACCUGGGCGAGUUUUCUUCACUGACACCUCGUGACACGCAAGGGGCUGAAGCCAGGAAUGAUGGGAGCUGUAGUCCGGUUCACAAUCUUAUGGGCUUUCCUGGGUUGGUCGCAGGCUGCAGAGAAGCCUCCAUCCUUAAGCGUGGCUGUGAUUCUAGGCCAAACCCCCACUGUAUCCGAAUCGGCCAUGCGUCCGGUGCGUGGGGUAGGUGCGCCGCUGGAGGUGACCGUGCUCAGCGUCCAGGUGAACCAGACGGACCCGGGAAGUAUGCUUACGCACCUGUGUGAGCUUAUGUCCCGUCAGAGACUGCACGGGCUGGUUUACGGAGACGGCACGGAUCAAGAAGCCGUGGCGCAGAUGCUGGACUUUGUUUCGUCUCAGACGUCAAUGCCCAUACUGGGAAUUCACGGUGGCGCUGCGAUGACCAUGGCGGAGAAGGAUUCCAGUUCUUCAUUUUUCCAGUUCGGAGCCUCCCUCCAGCAGGAGGCGCUGUUGAUGCUCGCCAUAAUGGAGGAGUACGACUGGCACGUCUUUUCUGUGGUCACCACUAAGUUCCCAGGUUACCAGGAGUUCAUAGCUACUGUACGCGUGACAGUGGACCACAGCUUUAUUCGUUGGGACCUUCAGAGCGUGGUGACGCUGGACGGCGUCGGCGAACCCGAGGACCGGGCCCACGUGCAGCUGAAACGCAUCCAGUCGCCCGUCAUACUACUCUAUUGCUCCAAAGCCGAAGCGGCGUUGGUCUUCGACGAAGCCCAUUCGUUGGGGCUCACCGGGGCUGGUUUUGUGUGGAUUGUUCCAAGUCUCAUAACAGGAAAUCUCGAACAUACCCCAGAAGCCUUUCCAAUGGGGAUGAUAUCUGUGGCGUACGACGAGUGGGAUUAUCCCUUGGAGACGCGCGUGCAGGACGCUGUGGGAAUUAUCAGUUCUGCAGCCGCUGCCAUGUUUCGGGAGGAAGGUCGGAUACCUGAUGGGACAGCAAGUUGCUCCGGCCAAUCAGAGAAGCCAGAGGUGCCGCCCAGCGCUCUGCGAAGAUAUAUGAUGGGCGUCCGUCUAGGGGGUAGAGAUCAUUCAUUCAUGGACGAUGGCUACCAGAUGAACCCCAAACUGGUUGUCAUUGUUCUGAACACACAGAGGGACUGGGAGAAGAUGGGACGAUGGGAGAAUCACACGUUGAGGUUGAAGUUUCCGGUGUGGCCACGUUACAACUCGUUCGGGGACAUGGAUGCCGAUGAGAACCACUUGAGCAUAGUGACACUUGAGGAAAGACCCUUUGUCAUAGUGGAUGACGUGGACAUUCUCACUGGUACCUGCAUGCGUAACUCGGUACCGUGCAGGAAGCACAUUAAAGAUAACACCACCCAGGGUUCCUACAUCAAGAAGUGCUGCAAGGGCUUCUGUAUAGAUAUCCUGAAGAAGAUUGCAAGGAAUGUCAAAUUUACCUAUGAUCUUUACCUGGUCACUAACGGUAAACACGGUAAAAAGAUCAAUAACAUUUGGAACGGCAUGGUGGGAGAGGUAGUCUAUAAAAAGGCCAUAAUGGCCAUCGGCUCAUUGACCAUAAAUGAAGAGCGUUCAGAGGCCAUAGACUUCUCUGUCCCAUUCGUCGAGACCGGCAUCAGUGUGAUGGUGUCCCGUAGCAACGGAACGGUGUCGCCCUCCGCAUUUCUAGAACCCUUCAGUGCUUCAGUGUGGGUUAUGAUGUUUGUCAUGUUGCUCAUCGUCACAGCAAUCGCUGUUUUCCUCUUUGAAUUCAUAAGUCCUCUCGGUUUCAAUAGAAACCUGGCACAGGGCAAAGACCCACACGGGCCCUCCUUCACCAUCGGUAAGGCCGUCUGGCUUCUGUGGGGUCUGGUGUUCAACAACUCUGUCCCGGUACAGAACCCGAAAGGCACCACAAGUAAAUUUAUCGUGUCCGUGUGGGCCUUUUUCGCUGUGAUCUUCCUGGCUAGCUACACUGCCAACUUGGCGGCCUUUAUGAUUCAAGAAGAAUUUGUGGACCAAGUCACAGGCCUCAGUGACAGAAAGUUUCAAAGUCCCUAUUCCUACUCGCCACCGUUUCGCUUUGGGACGGUGCCUAAUGGGAGCACAGAGCGAAACAUCAGGAAGAACUACCCUGACAUGCACCAGUACAUGGUCAAAUACCAUCAGAAUGGAGUUCUGGAUGCACUGGUCAGCCUUAAAACUGGAAAACUGGAUGCUUUUAUUUACGAUGCUGCUGUGCUCAACUAUAUGGCGGGACGUGAUGAUGGCUGUAAGCUGGUCACUAUUGGCAGCGGCUACAUCUUUGCCACGACGGGAUAUGGAAUCGCCCUGCAGAAGGGAUCCUACUGGAAGCGGCUGGUCGACCUCGCUAUCCUUGGGAUUAUUGGAGACGGUGAGAUGGAGGAGCUGGAGGCCCAGUGGCUCACCGGUAUCUGUCAUAAUGAGAAGAAUGAAGUGAUGAGCAGUCAGCUGGAUGUGGAUAAUAUGGCUGGUGUGUUCUAUAUGCUGGCGGCAGCCAUGGCUCUGUCGCUAAUUACUUUUGUCUGGGAGCACCUCUUCUACUGGAGGCUACGCUACUGUUUCACUGGCCUGUGUUCCGGUCGACCAGGAAUGCUCUUCACUAUCAGCAGGGGGAUUUGGAGUUGCAUUCACGGCGUCCAUAUCGAGAUGAAAAAACCACCGGAGUUGGGCUUCAGCCCUCAGGCCAACAUGUUGCACCUGCUGAAAUCCGCGAAAGAGAUCACCACCCUGGGAGUUACCUCACCCAAACAGCCCAUGAGUAUCCUCCCUAAUACAUCUGGCCUGCUGGAUUUAAUGGGUGGAGGAAAAGGCAACAACCUGUCCCAGAAAAACGCGGCCUAUAGCAACACCAGCACCAUGCUCAGCAACCGUCUCAAAGAGCCACUUAACAACACACUGUUGCCAGGGCAACGUGCCCUGAGCAUAACGGAUGCUCAACCAGGUGUUGCUGGAAACGGUGGCUCGGGAGGCGGAGGCGAGACUGCACGACCUCCCGCUUCCAAACCACGUGCUCUGUGGAAGAAAUCGGUCGAGACUCUACGACAGACACAAAGCCCGGGGGACAAUUCCCCCCCAUCUGCCGCGCCGGCCUCCGAGACCCUGCCUAUGAAAAGCCAGAGAUACCUACCCGAGGAUGCACCCGCCCGUUCGGAUGUGUCAGAUUGCUCUGGCCGAGUGGACCUGCAAAAGCAGCAGAAGUUAAAAGAGACGCUUCGUAAGCGUAACCGCCAGCCACGAGACCUGAGCGACGUGGAGCUGUCGACGCUCAGGAGUCAGCCCAGCCAGCAGAGCAACCACAGCGCCCAGAUCUACUCUCAAAGCAGCCAGGGGAGUCAAAUAUACACCAUUGACUCCAUCGACCAGGAGCACGGACUACACUACCCAGAUAUCUUCAGUGAUCACCGUGACAACAUGCACCGCCCACCCUCGUCCUCUGAGCAACAGCCAAUCAUCCAGCUCAACAGCAGUCUGCUUACCCAGGCCCACGAACCCGACGUAAUGCAAACUGCGAUCGCAAAAGAUAAAAAAUACAACACGUACGGGAAGCCCGGGGGAGCGGGGAACAUCGCCGGUGGGCCCGCUCAGGACCCACGACAGACGCACUGCCGUAGUUGCCUGUCAAAGGUGUCCAGUUACUCUGGGCUUUACACCGUACGGUCCCCUCAGUAUCGCUGCGAUGCCUGCAUGCACUCUGCGCACCUCUAUGACAUCAGCGAAGAUCAAUUCCUCCGUCCAGAUGGAAGGGGUAUUGGUGGUGGAAGUGUUGACAGAGCCUUCUCUCCUUAUCUUCCCCAGCCCGAUGCUUCCUUCACAGCCUAUCUUCCCCAGAGCGACCAGGAAGGCGACGGUCUUAUUAGCCACUACCAGAACGAGGGAGUGAUCAUCCGCCGCCAGCACUCUUACGAGAACCUGCCCCAGAAGAGUUCGUCGCGUCGCGUCAGCCUGCAAGACAGCACGCCGUAUGCCAACAUUCCCUCCGCGACACUGAUCCCAGACAAGCCCCCCAAAAAUCCGUCGGCGCAUCUAAACCACACGCUGGCGGGGGUGGGCGUCAGCGGACUCGGGAUCGGCCGUCGCAGCAAGUCGAUGUAUCCGGCUCGCCCGACGGAAAAUCCGUUUCUCCAGACGCUCCGUGACGAUCAGCGUCUGGCUCACGGCCGCAGCUCCACAGACAUUUAUAAGCAGCUGGUACCGCUCACAUUAGGCCAGGCUGACGGCAACAUGCUCGGCAUGGGGAUGCCGACCCCUGACCUCUAUUACGCCGAGCACGUCAUGCCUUAUGUAGCCCCUCCCCCCGUCGGUACAUACACGGCCCCCAGAGCGUUGAGCGCUGGGGGCGCUCGCCGUGUCUACAAGAGGAUGCCGAGCAUCGAGUCCGAUGUCUGAGUGCGAGACGGCGUGUGUGAAAAACUCAUGCAUGGAUACUUCCACCAGGAUACCACUCGAAAGCGGAACUUGUUAAGCUUUAUGACUGCAGGGCAAGAAAGUUUGGAAUAUGUUUUGUUUCCCUUCACAGACUUAUCUGUCUGAACAAAAGUCAGAGUUCAACUUUUACAUCAGGUCCUCCCCUCUUGUCGAGCGGCAGCUCUGUGUCUUCCAGAAAACAUCUGAAAUGGUGGGCAGGACGCUCUCGCGCCUCAGAGCCGAGGAAGAGCAGCAGAAGCUGCUUGGAAGUACAGGGGCAGCUCCAAAGAGUUUACUUUUUUCACGCAACACGAGCAACCAAAAAGUAAAUUGAAAUAAAUAUCCACAUUCUGCACUUUUACACGCAAACACACACACGAGGCACAAAUGAUGUCAGAUCUGUGAAAGAACAAAGUUAGUUAUAAAAAUAGAAUCCCUCGACCAAAAAAACACAGUCAUGUGUUCUGAAAUUAAUGAUUACGUCUUUGAAAAGAGGCAGAAGAACGUCUGUUAUGAAUGCAUUUCGGGGUACAAGCUGCACUGAGGCACGAAUCACAAAGACUACGUAGAGUUAAAAGAUUAGAUUUUCAUUCCAGCCUGAACUGUGACAAAAUGCACUGCCUGAAUGAUUAGCCUCGGGUGAAAUCUCUGAAAUCGAGUGCGCUAGAGAAUUUCACAGGAAGGAGUUAUGGUGCACACCAGACCUGCGAUUGCUUGGACUUGUUUGUAUGUUUGAGGACGUCAAUGGAGGAAAAGGUAUUUGUCCCUCCCUUCCCCUAUAUCCGACCUUACAUGCGUGCGAACGCGGGACGACACGCCUCCACUCACAACACAACCGUGUAGUAGUGUCGAUGUUAAUUCAUCCAAAAAUUCUUACAUCGAGCGCAUUUCUAUAGUUGUCUAGAGUAUUGAAAAAGAGAUUACACCCUUUUAUACACUGCCAAAUAUUUGACAGGGUGGGCAAAGCAUAUUUGUAGAGUUAAAAAAGUUAAAAUAGGAUGAAAUGAAAGAAGCGAGGGGAAGAGAGAGAUAUUUUUGUGGUCGGAAGGGACUUGUCGCCGGAGUAAAAAAAAAAAAAAAGAGUAAAACCCCACACCAACUAAUGUCAAUGCAGAAUCACAGAAAUAUAUAAAAACAUACCUGUUUGCCUCGAACACACAAGCACAUCAGUUCCUGUAGAGUCCAACCACGCAGUCAUACUUCACGAAUAUUUGGGUUGAUUUGAAAUAUAAAUGGUCGUUCCAGCGAUAUGCACAAUAUCAGGUUGCAAUAUUAUAUUUAUCUAUGAAAUUUCCUAGUUUUACUAUGUUUUAUUAUUAGUUCCUUUAAUUUAUGAAUUGUUAUACGUGUGGAAUUAAUUUAUAAUUGUGAUUUAAUUGCGUAUAUAUUUAAAAAAAAAAGAUAACAGCAUGUUAAUCUUCUCUAUGGUCAAACUUUUAGAAUUGUUCUUUUCGAUUUUUGAUGUGAAUGGGAGUAUAUGUUUACAGUGAAUGUGAAAAUAUGGAUUCAUCUCAGAUGUGAUUUUGAUUCUCAUUUGAAUACAAACAUAAAACUGUCGUAUGGAAAAAUGUCAAGCGGAUGGCGCAGUUUUUUCAGUAAACUGUGUCUACAGUUGCGUGAGGUUGAUAUAUCAGGAUAUAUACUGGGUUUAUAACUCAAGUGGUCCUCCUCGCGACACAAACGUGGCUUGAAAUAAAUAAUGAAGUAUACAUUGUGGCUACGGAAGAAGCAUUUUUAGGAUAGUCAGUCUAUCGCUCAGGCCUUGUCUGUAUAAUACAUGUCUGCCUCAGAUCAUAACAGCUUUUGUAUCUAGCCGGCCAGCAUUUACACUUCCAAAAAAAUAUCCAAGUCAGUUGUUACUAAUUGAAUUAAUACACAUGAAAUGCGGUCAUAUUCAUGUUUCUUAUUUUAUACAUCAGCCUCCAUGCGGUAGGCAACGUAGACCUGUUCAUUUUGUGAUGUACAUCAAGAUCUCGCUUGAAUGUAGACACCAUUCAGAUCCAAGACACUGUAGAACAUUUUAUGUCAAGAGUAGAUGGGUUGUGUCUAGGUGGUUGUGAUUUAUGCAACCUGUAUGAAUUUGUAUAUACAGGUAGAUUUGACUUUCAUCAGAAUAAAUCUAUUUGCACAUUGAUCUGUUUUACAUCAUUUACGUCACUUUCAUGAUACGAAUUUGAUCCCCUGGUAGCACACCAACAGGUUAUAAAAAAUAGUGUAAUAAUAACGUUCAAUUAUGGUAAUGUUUAAUUUCAUUCCUCGCAAAUAUUGCUUUGUAUUCUUUCAGUUGUCCCCAUGUUGAAUUAUCAUUUUUCACAAAAUCAAAAAGCUUUUUUUUUUACAUGAAAAUUGUAUGUUUAUUAAAAGCACCUAAAAAUACUAAAUGUGAAAUGGAACGGAAUAAUUCACCCCAAAAUAUAAAUACCCAACUUGCAUGCCUUUAUUUUGUGGAACGGCAACAAGAUGUUAGUGGCAGAAUACGAGUGAGUGGUUUCAUUCAAUUUCAUUGUACCAGAGGCCUUGACCAGGGGCGGACUGGCCAUCUGUAGUACCGGAACUUUUCCCGGUGGGCCGAUAAAGUUUGGGGCCGGAAUGGCCGGACGUAUUAUAAACGCGAAUGCUCGCAACGCAUAGGCAUUAGCGAGUCGGACACGUAUGUAACGCAAUGACACGUUACAUACAAACACCCCCCCCGUCGACAGAAAUGGUGGAGGGCCGAUGCCAUCGAACACAAAACCCCCCGUCGACAGAAAUGGAGGGGUGCCGAUUCCAUCAAACACCCACCCCCCCACCAUCGACAGAAAUGGUGGAGGGCCGAUGUGGGCUGAAUAAUCCAGGGCCGAUUUUGCUUUCCAGUCCGCCCCUGCUUAUAGAAGUUUUCUGUUGAUCAACUGUGCUGUACUAAACUAGCAAUAUUGUAGCUCUGUCGCAUUGCCCUUCAUGAUCCUGUCAUCAGCCCAGUCGUGUUGAUACAUAGUUACUACGAUUCCAAACAACCCAUUCAUUUUAAAUUAAACAAAAUCAUUUUGAUAACAGCAACACGAUGGGGUCUGGCAGAUCUUUCAAAACAACGUUGCUCUGAAAUAUUAUUCUGUAAUUUGCGGUUGCCAAAAGCCCCUGACAAAUCUGGCAUCCCGUGGCACAAGAAUUGGCUCAGAAAAGUAAGCAACACUUUGAUUCCAACACAAAUACUCCUGUCCUUAAUAGUGACUGUAUCAGCACUUUUAAGACUUUUGGAUUGUGACUAAUAGCAUUAAAGCGAUUUAACAUGAAAAAAAAGCAGAAAUCAUAAACAACAUUUCCCCAUCCCAUGUAUGUUCGUUUUUGUUGUGUGUAUUUUUAAAGGCAUUACAAUAAAGAUGUCAAAAUUUGUUAUACUACACAAUAGUAAAACAUGUAUGUGCCAGGUGGUGUAUAUACUGGUUAAGCUUAGGUUAGUGUCUUAGAGUAUAGAGACUGUACUGUGUGUAUGUACACUGGCAGUAGACAGAUGCUGUUUAUGUGGUUCACUGUGUACGUGCCUCAACUUCCUAAAAUCAGAUGUCUAAGACUAGUUUGUGUGCACCGUGUGUGAGUGUGUGUGGCUUUUGGGUAAAUAUGAAAUUGUUUCCUGCAUGAAAAACAGUCAUUUUGAUUUUUCUCACUCUUAGUUUGAGUAAAGAUAUAGAGUUGAAUUAAUAACGAAAUAUCUUUGGUUUUAUAUUAAAUGAAUUGUGAAUUAAUAAUUUUAUAAAUUUAUAAAUAAAAAUUCUGUGAAAGGCAACUUGUUUUUUUUGAAUGUUGGGAUAAACAUUCUGUUGCCUUUGACUGAAGAAUCCUUCCAGAUUAUGAUCUGAACAGUGAAAUAUCUCUGACAUAUGAAUAUUUUCCUUCAUAAUGUCUUCAUGCAUGUUAUGUUUUUUGUUUGUUUAUUUAUCGAGACCUUUUGGAAAGCUAAAUAAAGCAGAGUUACAAUUGAUAGUAUCAUUUCGUC